AUGGAGGCCUUUUUCAGAGUCGUCUCUCCGAAUCCAGCUGCUAAUUUCGCAUUUGCGAACCUUCUACUUCUAACUGUUUCAACGUUUGUUCCAGAACCUAACCACCUUGGCCGCUUGCUUCACCCUCAACGCUACUUCAACGGCAGAGAUUGGCACCAUCUGAUUUACUAUUUUCUAUGGAUGCCCUCAGCCUGCCUAGCGUCAUCCAUCGCUAAUGCUUUGCUGCGUCCUGCGGACAAACGCUUCUGGAUUGAGGUACUCAGGCAUGUCAACCGACCGCUUGGGAAAUCGGUAAGUCAUAGCAAGAAGAAGCAUACGAAUGAAAGACUGAGAGCAGUGCUUGAGAAUAUGAUGCAGCCGACCAACGUGUACUGCUUGUUGUUGCAACCAACAGACCGUGACAACCUGGUUUCCAUUACCGAGCAUGAUGACAGAAAGCAGACAGUGAAGAUGAUCUUCUUGAGCGAGGGCCAGGCUUUGUUUUUCUUCCUGCUCACAACCACUCUGCAUGAGAGCUCUUUAGGGCUCUUGUUCUUGCUGCCUCUCGUCGCCAAGGUCCUUGCCUAUCUGACAGCGCCUUGUAGGCACGGCCAGUACCAUACUGAAUCCUCCACAGCAGAAAAGGAAGGGCUUUCCACGCGUCGAUCAACGGUUCCGGGAUUAGGCGUAGUGAUUGUCCGCGGCCAGGAAUUUUACGUUCGUCAGUUCGGGAGGAUAGGAACAUACGGGCAAGUAAAGUACGAUUCGGUUACGCGAAGCACUGCGACCGUUGCACGAAACGCAGCACACAAGUCCUCUGUAGCCCUGCUAUCUCUGGCUCAAGUACUUUCAGUCGCUGGGUUUAUGUGGCUCGCAGACUGGGAGCGUGGAGACCUGGUACCAUGGCUAUGGUUCCUGCAACAGACCCUCGCGGUAUUCGCAUGGAUGAGCACGCGCCUUAGCGGUCUGGCGGAUAAAGGUCGCACGGAGGAGUUGCUUGGUAAGGCACUCUCGGAGCAUGGUCACGUAAUUCUUAGAGAUGGGAAGAGCCACUUCGGCAUCCAGGCGAGCCUUGAAACCCAGGUCGUGGAUGGUAGGGAGCAGGUCGAGAAAGUCAUCAAAAUCUUUGAACAGGCUACUGAGUUGAGAAAUGCGAAUCCUGAGUUGUCGACAACGGAAAAUGAAACUGUACGCAAGAAUUCUGCUUCCGGGCCUAAGACGCUGGAGUCAAAGACUGGCAAGAACGAACAUGCCACGCAGAACUCAAGCUGCAGCAACUUGGAGACAGGCAGUCCGAGCCACGCGUUAGAACCGAUGGGCACCUACGUGAUGCAACCAGAUACAGACAGUCUCGACAAGCCAUCCAUGACUCAAGAGACAAACAAAGACGACGAUAAUGACGAAACGAAUAUCUACGAGCACAGCCCACAGACUCCACCGUCGAGGCUUGUGAAAGGUGAUCCCGAGGAGCCGACAAAACCACUGAAAACGGAACCACAAACCAUUGAGUCCGAGAAGAAGGAAAACGCUCCAGAAACCCCCGCGAAGGCAUCAGGAGGAGUCAGCGAGGGUGAUGGAACUAAGGAAAAUAAUUCUGAAGAUAAGAGCGGCGAGGAAGAGGACGAAGAAGAGGACGAAGAAGACGCUCAAAAAACGCCAACACAGCCGCCUGCGAAGCAAGGCGUUCCUAUUCUCGUCUUGGAAGAUGCCUCUCCCGAAGCAACGCAAGUCCGCGCAGAGAGUGGGGGCGAACACAUUGUUGAUGCUUGA